AUUAUGAAAGAAACAAAUUAAUGAAUAAAAAUAGACUUAAAAUGAUUGACGGCGGCGAUCGGUGUUAGGCAGCGAUAAUGGAAAAUGUAAAUUGUAAAGCUUCCUUAUCGUUACAAAGCGUAUCGCCAGUCGCUGUUGACUUUUAUGUAAUCUGACGUGUUUGUGUGCGACAAUGAUUGUUGAUGAUAGUUAAUUACAAUAAAAUAUUAUUUGGUUAUUGUUAUUUUUAUUCGAGUUGUCAAUAAACAACGAAGAAUAUCAAGGUUGUUGAAAAUAUUUGCUGUUUCAAAUAUUACGAAUACACCUGUGCCAUGACUAAUGUUUACUCAAAUUCGAUGCUUAACCGCGGUGAAAACUUUGAUUACAAUUCAUGGUUACAAAACUUCGUCAAAGUCGAGGAUGUUUUUAGUUCUAAUAGCACGUCAUCGAAUAACGAUGACAAACAAUUAUCGAUUGUUCCCAAUACGAUGGUUGAUUCAGGGCCAAAAAAUGAUGCUAUUAGACUGGAGACUUUGAUGGACAAUUCGCAUACUGAUCGUCGCAUUAGAGCGACCGAAGCGGUCUUAUGCGAUCCGAUAGAAACGUCACAGGAAAAAUCACAUCUUCAGUACUGUCAAGAGUCGAUGACAGUUAACGAAGCAGUAAGCUGCACGAUAAGCCCCGAGUAUCAUCACGGAAAACAUUGUAUCUGUUCCAACAUUUCAUGCAAAUCGUGUAACUUUGGGCAAGGGUCGGUAAUUCUCACAGAAGAGGAGUUGUCUAAAACAGAAAACAGUAUAGAUAAAUGUUCCGCUACCAUUGGGGAUGACAAUAUGUAUAAAUGUAAAAUUUGUGAGAAGAGAUUCACUCGGAAAAGUGCGCUGGAACGUCACGUCGACGGUCAUGCUGUGAAACAAGGAUACAGGUGCGACGUGUGUCAGAAGUCGUUUACCAGGAAGGAUACGUUGAAUAUACAUAUAGCGAACCAUCACGGGAAGCCUCGCCACAUAUGCGAGAUCUGUCAGAAGUCAUUCUCUCGAAAGCAGCGUUUAUUAGCCCACGCAAUCAUUCACAGCAGGAACCAGGGGCACGACUGCAAGUUUUUCUCGCAGAAAUCAUUCGUACCUGAAAACUUUAUGACCUCUCACAUGAGCAUGCAUCCGAAGAGGAAAAUUCACGAGUGUAGUAUUUGUAAGAAAAAUUUUUCUAGAAAGGACAGACUUGUAUCUCACAUAGCUUUUCACACCGGUAAAAAGCCACAUGAGUGUAAUAUUUGCCAGAAAUCUUACUCCAGAAAGGACGCGUUAAACCUUCACAUUGCAAGUCAUACGGAGAAACCUAUGUAUGGCUGCGAUAUAUGCCACAAAUAUUUUAUGCUAAAAUCUCGCCUCACUACUCAUAUCGCUGUUCACAAUGGAAGGAAACUACACAAGUGCAAUAUUUGCCACAAAUCAUUUUUGAGGAAAGAUCGUUUGAAGUCUCACAUUGCGAGUCAUAUGGGUAAAAAGUUACACGAAUGCAAUGUUUGUCAUAAGUCAUUCUCGCGCAAAGACAGCUUGUAUGUCCAUAUGGCUAUCCAUCCGCAAAGUAGAUUGCACAAUUGUAAUCUCUGUAGAAAUUCAUGCGACAUUAAAGUAUCGUAAAAGACAAAUUUUUGAAAAUAUACAAAUUUAAUUUUUUAUUGCAUGUUGAAACUUUCAUCGUAUAUAUAUAUAUAUAUAGAUUAUCGAACCGAAAGUAAUAUUUUUCUAACGUUAUGUCUAAAUACAGUACUGUAUACUGAAUAUUUUUGAUAACGUGACAGAAUUUCGGUGUCACUUUCUUUGGAUCCGAUUCUUUCACUAUUUGACAAUGCAUUUUUUUGCGAAUAUUGUGACAAAAACAUUUUCGGGAGCAAAGCUUAUGCCUUCCUGUGCAU